AUGCUUGGAUUGAGCAAGAGGAAGUUCAACGAAGCUGUUUUUAAUACUGCAUCGACAGCCCCUGCAAUUUUUUUCACUUUCUUGGUUGAAAAUAAAUUUAAUUUUAAUUAUGUUGACAAGAAAAAAAAUAAUCUAUUUCACAUAAUUGCAGCAGCCGGAAAUAAAACACUUUUGCCUAAAAUUGCCGAGAAAAUAUCCAUUGAUUUACAAAAUAAAAAUGGGCAAACGCCUUUACAUAUAUCAGUAAUUAAUAAUCAUGUAGAAUUUGUUAAAGAACUACUUAAGUAUAAUCCAAAAUUGCUAAAAGACAGGACAAAUAACAAUCCGUUUCAAUACGCAAAAUUACGACAAAACGAAGAGCUUAUAGAGAUACUUUCUCAAUAUCAGGCUUCACACAACAAUGUUGUUAUUGAUGAUUCUAUGCCAAAUCAAGAUUCAAACGAAAAUUCUGAUGAUUCUUCAUCUUCAAAUUCAGAUUCUGACUCAGAUAACUCAUCAUCAAAAAAUACAAAUGGAUCAGCUGGUGAUUCAUCCGAAAAUAAUCAUAAUCAGAACGAUUCCAGCGAAUCUGACAAUUUAAAACAUCCAAAACCCAGAAAGAACUCAAAACGAAAGAAAAGAAACGCCUCUAUCGAUGAAGGCAAUCAAAUGUCGAUGAUGUCGUCUUACGCUUUCGAUAUUUCAGAAGAAGUCCUUUAUCAUCCUCCCGUAACUCACAAAGAGAACAUUUACAAGAUAGAUAGCACUACAUUAGAUUCCUCCCAUCUACCUACUGAAAUGCCAAGCUUUAAUUCCUUAUUAUUAGAUUCAGCUCCAAAUACAUCGGCUCCUAACAUGUUAGACAACCAACAAGGAAGUAUUCUCAUCACAAAUGUUCGGAAUUCUCAAAUUGCUGACUCACAACCCAAUUUUGGCCCAUUUAUGAAAACAAAUUCUUCAAACUCUUCAUCAGAUUCGGAUUCAACAACAAAAGGAAAGGUGAGAAAACAUAGACACCUCAAAAAUGAUAAAAAUGAAUCAAUUUUGGCCGAACAAGAAACUGAAUCUGAUUAUUACGUAACUGCAGAAGAUAAUGGAGAUUCCAAGGAUAUAAUUGAAGAUUCUACAAGAACAGAGGACACAAAAGAGGAAGAAAAACAAAUUCCUGAAACUCCAAAAUCGUCAUCAGAUUCAGAACCAGAAAAAACCGACCAAGAACAACCAGAACUAACUCAUUCUUCACCAUCUAAACUAAUGGAGAUAAAUCCAACUUCUCCUGUCAAAAUUUCAGAAAAUAAUUAUUCAAAUAACGAGAAAAAUGAUAAAGAAACCUCUGAUUCAAGUUCACAUUCAUCAUCAGAAGAAAAACAGAAAUCUGAUGAAGAAAAACAACACAGUUCUGAGUCUUAUCCAUAUUAUGAUGAUGAAAACAAAGAUAAAGAGAAAGAAAAUGAGAAACAACACAGUUCUGAAUCAUAUCCUUACUCAAAUGAAGAAGAAGACAAAGAAAAACAUGAUUCCGAAUCAUAUCAAUAUUCAAAUGAUGAAAAUAAGUCAUCAAAAGAAAAACAAGAUGAAAAUGAAAACAAAUCAAAGAAAGAAACAUCUUCAUCUGAUUCUUCUUCUGAUGAAGAAGAAAAACAAUUAGAUUUAAAGGAAACUGAUGAAAAUAAAGAAGAAGAACAUAAAGAAACAGAUGAAAAACAAUUAGAUGAAAACAAAGAAGAUAGUAAAGAAAAGGAAAUUAAAAAUGAAGUGGAAAUUCCAGAAAAUGACAAAAAGAAGAGUUCAUCAUCUUCAAGUUCAGAUGAUGAAAAUAAAGAAGAAAAGGCUGAAAAAGAAACAACAGAAAUUAAUCAAGAAACUCCCAAAAAAGAAAGUUCUUCUUCAUCUUCUGAUGACAAAAAUAAAAAAGAAAACGACCAAAAACAAGAAAAAGUAGAGAAUCAAGAAAAUGAAAUUAAAAUUGAAGUUAAAACUCCAGAAAUUGAUCAAACAACUCCUAAAAAGAAGAGUUCAUCAUCUAGUUCUAGUUCAUCUUCCUCAGAUGAAGAAAACAAGAAAGACAAAUCACCUGAAAACAUUAACACUCCAAAGAAAGAAGAAAAUCAAAUUAAAGUUGAAGUUGAAACUCCGGAAAAUAAUCAAGAAACUCCCAAAAAUAAGAGUUCUUCAAAUUCAUCUGAUGAUGAAAAUAACAAAGAAAACAUGAAAACUCCAGAAAAUAAUAUUGAAAUCAAAGUUGAAACACAACAAAAUGAUCAAAUUACUCCUAAAAAACAGAAUUCUUCAUCAAGUUCAUCUUCUUCAGAUGAUGAAGAAAACAAAAAAGAAAAUGAAAUCAAAGUUGAAGUUGAAAUUCCUAAAAAGAAGAGUUCUUCAAGUUCUUCUUCAGAUAAUGAAGAAAACAAGAAAGAUAACAAUCAAAAACAAGAAAAAGAAGAGAAACAAGAAAAUCAAAUUAAAAUUGAAGUUAAAACACCAGAAAUUGAUCAAACAACUCCUAAAAAGAAGAGUUCAUCAAGUUCAUCUUCCUCAGAUGAAGAAAACAAGAAAGAGAAAUCACCUGAAAACAUUAACAAUCCAGAGAAAGAAGAAAAUCAAAUCAAAAUUGAAAUAGAAACUCCAGAAAAUAACAAAGAAAUUCCUAAGAAAAAUACUUUAUCUGAUGAAGAAAAUAACAAAGAAAACAUGAAAACUCCAGAAAAUAGCAAAGAAACUCCUAAAAAGAAGAGUUCUUCAUCAAGUUCCGGUUCUUCUUCUUCAGAUGAUGAGAACAAGAAAGGAAACAAGAAAAACAAGAAAGAAAAGUUCCACACUCCAUCAAGAGAAACCACUCCAAAAGGAUCUCCUGUAUUUGCUAGAUCAAGAGGAAUUGAUGAUGACAAUCCAUUCUAUGACAUUGCCAGACGUCCUCUUCCAUCUGACAGUUUUAUUUCUCAAUCAGAAAUGGAUUCGGACAUAGAAGUUGUUGAAGUUUCAACUCCAGAAAAAUCAUCACAACCAGAAAAAAUUCCUAAAUCUUGUCCUCCGAAUAAUCUCAAUGAUAAUGAUUCAAUUUUAAUUGGAAACCAAAAUUACCAAGAGAACAACUUAUCUCCUAAUGUUGAUGUUGUCGAAGUUUCCACACCAAUUCCUAAGAAAACAAAAAGAAAACCAAAAACUUCGACAAAGAAAAAUAAAAAGAAAUUCAAAAAAUCAGUCAAAAUUUCACCAAAAGAUCAGAAAAACAACGAAAAAACAGAAGAAAAGAAAGACCAAUCCAUGAAGAAGAAAAUCAGAUCCAAAUCAUUAAAUCCAAAUACAAAAUUGUUCAAAUACAAGAAGAAAUCAAAUUCUCCAUCUCCAAAACGCCAAAAAUUCUUGGCAGGGGAAAUAUUUAUUUGUAUUACGAACAAUGAUGUCAAUACCGUCAAAGAUUAUAUGUCAAGGAAGAUGAAUCACAAUGAAUACAAUGAAUAUUUACAAACACCAUUGAUAUUUGCUACAUUGCAGAACAAUAUUAAAUUAGUUUCUAUUCUUUGUUCAAAAGAAACAAUUAAUAUUGGUGACAACAAAGGAAAUUCAGCAGUUUUUUAUGCUGUCAAAAAUGAAAAUUCACAAAUUGUUCAUAAACUUGUAAACAAAGGUGCAAAUGUUUCAUUGGAAAACUUUUCAAGUGAAACAGCUUUUGAUGUUGCACGAAGAGUUAAUAACGAAGAAAAUCGAUUUAAACUACUCUAUGAGUUGAGUUUAGGAUUGUUUAAUACUCAAUGGCAAUUUUUGUUGUUUAUUCAAAAUAAUCCAACAGUUUUUGAAAAAUAUCAAAAAGAAUAUUUGUUGAAAACAAUCUUGAAAGACAAAUUUGAAAUUCUUGUUUUGUUGAUCGAAAAGAAAGUUGACAUUAAUGUUGAAUUAGAAAAGAUGAAUGCAUUACACAUUUGUCUUAUUGUUGGUUCAUUGAAAUGUGCCGAAAUCUUGUUGAAAUCAGGUGUCAAUCUUAAAACAAUUGAUGGAAUCAAUGAAAUCGAACGAGAAUUGAAUUCUACGAAAUUCAAUGAAAAAAUCUUGAAUUUAAUUGUCAAAAAAUAUGAACAAAAAUGUAUUGAACUCAUCUCUAAACCAGAAGAAUUCAAAUCAUUUGUUCCUAAUAUCAUUGUUGAAUUCCCAUGUGGAUAUUACAUUUUGGCACAUUGUAUCAACAAACUUUCAUUAGAAUGUGUUCAAAAAAUGAUUGAAAUCGGAGUUGAUUUUAAUUUAGUUUCUGAGAAUGGAUAUUCAUUGUUACAUUAUUGUACAAUGAAAGAAAACUUAACAGCAGACGAAAUCAAGAAAAUGCUUGAUAUCAUUGUAUAUUUGAAAUCCGUUGGAUUGCGAUAUGACGAGAAAGAUGAUUUUGGACGAAUUCCCUUGCAUUAUGCUAUUAAAAAUAGAUAUACAUCAUUAGCCGCCGAAGUUUGUGAAAAGAAAUUGUUGUUUACUAAAGAUAACGAUGGAUUUCGAUGUAUUGAUUAUUGUAAUGAUGAAGAAACGAAACGAUUUCUUGAAUUUGUUUUGCAAAAGUUUAGUAAUGACAUCACGAUUCCAGAAGAGAAUUUUGAAAUAUUGUUUAAUUUCGUCAAAGAAAACAAGAAUUAUACGAAUGAUUUAGUUCAUGCAGUCAUUGGUCGUAAAUAUGAUAAGAUAUUAGAAUACAUGCUUCAGAAUGAAUUGAAUCCUGAUGCAGUUGAUGAAGAAGGAAUUCCAUUGAUUUGUUUUAGUUCUAUUCAUAAGUCUUUUGAAUGUUUGAAAUUGUUAGUAAUUUAUGGAUGUUUUGUUGACAAAAAAGACAAAGAAGGUAAUACAGCACUUCAUUAUGCAUCGAAGAACAAUGACCUUGAGAUAGUUAAAUUUUUAGUUGAAUGUGGUUCAUUGUCACAUAAAAACAAAAAAGGAAAAAUUCCAAUUGAAAUGACGAAAGACGAACAAAUCAAAAUUUUAUUAGAAAAACAUUAUCAUCUUUGUGUUUACAUGAAACAUAUAUUUGAUAAGAAAUAUGAGAAACAUAUUCAUUAUUUCAUUGAAGAUUUCUCAUUUGUCUUUUUGUCGAAAGUAUGCCGUGAUUCACGUACAGACAUUUUGAGAUAUUUCCAACAUAAAUACAAUGCAAAUCUUUUACAAACUAAUCCAUUUGGUACUAAUUUACUUCAUGUCAGUUGUAUGUGUAAAUCCGAUAUAUCAGUUGUGAAAUAUCUUGUUGGACAUGGAGUUCCUGUUAACUCUGUAACUAACCUCAGAUUCUCCGCACUCCAUUUCUGUUGUUUAUCUCGCAAUGUUUCUGCAGCAAAAUAUUUGAUUUCUUCAAAUAUUGACAAAAACAUAACUAACAACAAAGGUCAAACCGCUCUUGAUAUUUCAAAAGAAUUGAUGUUCGAUGAUCUUUAUGAUAUCCUUGUUGAAAUACAAUCUAAAGAUCGAAAACACCAUCGCGAUAGUAAGGUCAAAUUACCUCAAUAA